UCAGUUGCUGCAACACGGGCCUAGAACGCGCUGCUUUUUCGCUUCACUCUCGACCGAAUAACACAUUUUGUUUAUUUUUUAUUCGAGUGCUUAUAUCGAGUGAUCCUUGUGUUUAUGAUGAGCUAACAACCUGCCGGAAAAUGCACAUUUUGGCCUAUUUAAUUCUGAGCCUUUUUGGCCUGGUCGAGAGUUAUGGCCAUCAGCCGGUACUGAGAAAUAUCAUCAAAGUGCGAGCCAGCGGCUUUAUGCCCUUCGAAUCGGAUUUACUACUGCCAUUGAAUAUCCUGCGCCAGUUGCAGUCGCACGAUCGAUCAUCGCGUUACAUUGGUCAGAGGCCAAAGCCAAUAGUGAGGCCAAAGGUUAAGCAACAAAUCAGAUUGGAGAGAGCCAAUCCUUUGAGGGAGGCCAAAGGUGUUCAGCUCUAUAACUUGAUCGAUGACGAUGGUGAACUACUGUUGAAUCUCAAGGUUCACAACGAACAGAAGGGAACUGCACCGGCCAAUUAUCAAGAGGAGAAAUAUCAAAGUAGAUACCAGAGCUACGAUUCACCAUGGAUGCCCUCGAAAUGGAGACCGACCAGCGAAUUUCUGGGUGUGACCUCCUCAUCGCCACGCCCACUGCCCCUGCAUCAGUAUCUGGGCCAAAACAAUAAUCGCAUCGAUCAAAAUACGGCGAAAAGGAGGCGGCAGGAUAUAUGGCCCCACAAAUAAUAACUAAAAUAUAAUAAUAUAUAUAAUAUAUAAUAUAUAACUCAUUUAAUUGUUUAUUCUUAAACAUCACAGCACCCAGAGCACAUUCACAUUUAUGAACCUGAUUUCAAGCAAAAUCUCAAUGAUAUUCAUUUGAAUUUUUUUGAAAAUAAUCAAUGAUCCUAAAAUAUUUGCUAACAUUUUAAAACAAAUUAUAUUAAAGCCAAAUGAUGGAAUACUAGUUCUAAAAGUUUAUAAGAUAAUUG